AUGGCGCACCUCUCAAAUGUGUUGUUCGCUCUUCUGAUUGUUGUAAUCGGUGCCAGAUAUGAAGACAGGUAUGACCGAUCAAAAAUGCCAUGGGAUCUGCGCCCUGUGCAGAAUUACAUCGGACUUUGGUCACUGCAAUCAACUACUGGCAGAUCAAGAGAUCUGCCACCGCCUGAUCAGAUUGACUUCGCUAUAAAUCCAGUACCAAAGUUUGGCGCCAGAGCCAUCAAUAUUACGUAA